UUUAGGAACUGAAUUCAUACAAAAUACCCUGAAGUGUUGGCUGGGCUCAUAACAAUUAGGAUGGACUCAAACAAUACAACAGGAGCAGCUCUUAAAUCAGCAGCCAGCACCAUCCUUGCAUUGACAUUUAUUGUUGGGAUUCCAGGGAAUUCACUCGUCAUCUGGGUCAUCUUGCAUAAGAUGAGAGAACGCUCAUCCAGCGUUAUCCUGAUCCUGAACCUGGCGCUUGCUGAUCUGGUUGUGUUGAUGACUUUGCCGCUGUGGAUUUAUUCCAUUUGUAACAGUUGGGUUUUUGGAGAAAUCUCUUGCAAAAUCCUGGGCUAUCUCAUUUACUGCAACUUGUACGGCAGUGUGCUCUUUAUUAUGCUGAUGAGUAUAAACCGCUUCCUGGCUGUUAUGUAUCCAUUUGCUUCACAGAGAUGGCAGAGGACUGGGCGUGUUUGCAAAGUGGUCCUUAUUGUUUGGUCCUUUGCGUUUUUGCUUUCAUGUCCCAACUUAUUAACCAGGAAAGUGGACAUCAUCGAUGGCCAGGCUGGAUGUUUCGGUGGUCAGUAUGAUUCCAAGGACCAGCAAAUAUUGUGCCUUGUGUUGGAAACUCUGUUUGGAUUUGUAAUACCUUUUACAGUUCUCGCAACCUGUUAUGGAUUGGUUGCAAAAAGGGUGGGUAAGAUGACUUUUAAGAGCAAAAACAGAUCCGAAACGUUAAUUAUCAGCAUUAUUGCAGCAUUUCUAAUCUGUUGGUUUCCGUACCAUGUGUUCAACGUGAUUGAAUUGGCUUCCGUGAUGCUGGACACGGACGCAUUGGAAAGCGUUUCUCAGGUGGGAUCUUAUAUCACAGCAACUUUAGCUUUCAUCAGCAGCAGUGUUAACCCUCUACUUUACGCCUUUGCUGCACGGAAUUUGCGGAAUGGGUUUCGCUCGUCAGUGAUGGCCAAGUUAUUUGAACAAGUAGCUCAGUACACGAACGAUGAAAGUAAACUAGAACGCGAAAAUGCAACAAACAUGCAAACUAUAGAAGAACUGUAAAUACCUGAAACAUUAUUAAUGAUGUCACUGUUAGAGAAGUAUUUUGUGUCUGGUUUACUAAUGCAAUAGAAAUAGUAGAUCACUUGCUUUGCAACAUAAUGGAUGCCAUUUUUGCACACUAUAGAAAUUCGCGUUGCAUGAACUGCCGUGUCUUAGAAUCAUUUGUCCAUCGAAUUUUUUACUGCCAGGUUUGUGCAAAUUGAUUUCGUGUGUUUCAAUUACAUUUAACACUGAAUUACAAAGAUGUUCAAUUCAAGCAAUUAUUAAAAUAUGAC